CCGAAAUUCAAGCUUUCAGCUGGCUCAGGUCCCACACAGCUGCCACGAUGCUACGGUGGGCUUAUUAACGUACCUAAUCUAUAUCUUGCUUCCUUCACCAAGACUCGGUAACAAUUUGGAGUUUCCUUUCAUAUGCGCUACAUUUAGAUCAUACAUAACACCUCAACUCGUGAGGUUCCAACACACGCAUGGAUUUCUUCUCCCGGUAAUAGCAUUGCGGCUUUUGCUAGUACUACUAACUUCUCGUGCCACUAGCAAUUUGCGCAAUUUACAAUCCAGUCCGACAAUCAAAACCUCGUAACUUCGCCUUCCAUAUACCUUCAUAGUAACCUCCCUCGAAAACCGACACUAUGGUUAUCCGACCGGCACCUCCUUCGGGUGUGUCGUCAUUAGCUAUUACGAUACCCCUCCGACUCUCAGUCCAUCAUUCGGCACGAGCUACAAGGCAAUAUUCCGUACAUGCAACCCGAUUACAAUAUCGACCACGCUACGACGUCUCCAGAUCUCCUCAUAUCCCACCUGCAUCCAUAUUAUGCCUCCGCACAUACACGUCCGAUGCGUCAAAAGCUUCGGUCUCUGAGGGAGCUAAAACUGCGCAUAAGCUCGAAUCAGAAACCGACUCUGCCACGAGCGCUGCCAAUUCUCCAGAUGAACCGCAUUCGCAAAAGCACAUUGCUUCGACCGCCUCUUCCAACACACCACCUGACUCGGACUUUGAUUGGGAAGAAAAGCCCAAUUUCCACAUAGAGAAGUUCACGGAACUUCCUUACGCAAACUUUGGUGCAAAUCAGCAUAUGAUCAUUGAUCGAGAGUACAAAGAAGCCCUUCGUCAGCUAUUAUGGAGAUUUAGGGCUCCGAUCCGAUAUGCCUUUGCGUACGGCUCUGGCGUCUUCCCGCAAUCGACAGGUGGUACAGCUACUGAGGCUCAAAUUAAAGCUGUCCAUCCCAAGGCACCUGUUGCUGUCCAGAGAGCCCAGGAUGGUUCUCCGAAGAUGAUUGAUUUCAUCUUCGGUGUCUCGCAUACGCAGCAUUGGCAUUCCUUAAAUCUCAUGCAGCAUCGUGAUCAUUAUUCAAUGCUUGGGUCGUUAGGAUCAGGUGCCGUGUCUUAUGUGCAGGAUAAAAUGGGCGCUGGGGUUUACUUCAAUACUAACGUUACUGUGGAUGGUAUAUUAAUCAAGUACGGGGUUGUCAAUAUCGACACUUUGUGCAGGGACCUGAGCGAGUGGGACACACUAUACCUUGCCGGGCGUCUGCAUAAACCAGUAAAGAUUCUUAGAGAUGAUCCUAGAGUUCGUCUUGCGAAUCAGAUCAACCUCCUAUCAGCAUUGCGGACAGCUCUCCUUCUACUGCCUCCCACCUUUAGCGAACAAGAAUUAUACGCGACGAUUGCUGGCAUUAGUUAUCUAGGCGAUCCACGAAUGGCAUUUCCUACUGAGAAUCCGAAAAAGGUCGCGAAUAUCGUCAAUCAUAACAUGCUAAACUUCCGACGGCUCUAUGCGCCGCUCGUCGAAUCUCUUCCUAAUGUUGAAUUUGAUGACCCUGCUUGUAGCAAACCCAAUUGGAUCGACAAUACAGACUCUGUAUUAAAGCUACAACAGGACAUGGACCCUGUAAAACGAGGUAACAUGGUGCGCCGACUACCAAAAGCCUUCCGCUCCAAGCUAUACUUCGAAUACCAGAAGAAGUUCCAGAUACCACAGCUCGAAUUCAAUAAAAUGAUGGAAGAGAAAAAGGAUGAAGAUGCUGGCUCUUUCAAGAGACAACAAGGCAGUGGCUUCGAACAGCGGAUCGCGCAAGAUGAGCCUGAAGCCCUUCGAAAAAUUAUCCGGGAUGUUAUCAAAAAGACGAUCAGUUGGCCUAGCACUACCCAAAGUAUUAAGGGCGUCCUUACGGCUGGUUUUCGACGAAGUUUCCACUACUUGAGAGAGAAGAUGGCAAAAUAUCGCGAGGCAAGUAAACCCGAGAAGGAUGGGGAGAAGUCUUCUUAAGUAUUCUCAAUAUGCAGAGGCUACUCCUAUUCGUGCAUCCAGCUAGCGCUUCUCCCAGAGCGACUUAGGGCAACGCAUACCCGUCGACGACGAUUAUCGAAUGCCGCGUGAUACACGUUCAAGUGCCAAAGAGCCGGGCCAUAGCUAUAAGGCAGUCAUUAGACCUCUUGAUAAAUUCGAGAAUCUCGUUAUGUUCGGCCCAAACAGCAUAUCUCAUGCACCUAGGAAUAGCUCAAGCUUAGCGGCAGUAAAACAGGCUACUCCAAUGGGAAAUACCAGCGAGCGACAACUCUUUAAUCAAGAGGUAGUUUGCAACGGUGUGCAUCUUCUCUCACAGCCUGGGGACGUUGAGUCAUGUCAUACUAUAUGUUGGAUUAGAAGGUGAGACGAACAUGAGGGGUAUACCGAAAUCCGCAGAGGGAAAUCCCAUGCGUAGAAGACACCAUUUACUACUCAUUAUAGUCCAGGCAAUUCCAUAUGUAUGUAUAUUGUAUAGGUACACAUAUAUGCUACCCAGCUAAUCACAAAAACAAAUAGAAAUUUCGUCGACUAGA